GGUUCUUUCCGGUCGCUAGCGUUGGGGCAGAGCGGCUUCGGUGCACAGGAGCAGCAGCAGUUCCCAAGUAGAUCGAUCCAACCAUGCCCGGCGUGAAGCGUGUUCAAUUGGACGGCUGGGGUGGCCACCCCACCGGCAAGGUCAUCUGCGUGGACUCUCGCAGCGACGGUCGCACCUCGGGCUACUACGCCCAGCCGACCGGCCCUGUGAUGCAGCAGCGCGCCAAGCCUUUCGCCGCGCCUACCGCCUUCAAGGACGAGACGACCAAGUACGGCCAGCAGUUUCACGCAGCUAGCGCCGGCGUGGACCAGCUCCAAGUCGAAAUCGCCAAGGCCUGCAACGUCAUCUCCAAGCAAGUGGCGACGCUCCCGAUCUCGAUCCGCGAGUGCUCAGUGUGUCUCUCGAGCAAUGCGCACACGCAAAUGGUACCGUGCGGGCACGUCUUCCACUCGCGCUGCUUCUUGCGCUGGUUCCGCACCAACCGGUCGUGCCCGCUCUGCCGCACGAGCGUCGACCGCGUCCAGCUAGCGCCGACCUUCCAGGACAACGACACGUCGAACGACGUCGAUGCCAUCAUGCAAGAGGACGACGACGGCAGCGACGAUGACAUGGACGUCGAGAGCCACAACGCGCACAUGAUGCAAGACGCGGAUCUGAUUGACUUUUUGUCGCACGCCAAGGCGUCCGAGACGGACGAGACGGAUCUCUUGCCGCUCGAAGACAUGGAAGUGCUCGAGGAGAUGACGAUGGAUGAGUCGGUCAACGAGUCGCAACACCACCACGAGCAUCACCACCACCACAACCACCACCAUGCGCAUCAUCCGCAUGCGCACCCGCCGCCGCAGUACAUUCCGCAGACGACACUGCCCAACUACUGGAUGGUGCUCAACAACGGCCAAGCACUGGCGCCGACGCCGUCGCGACCGUCGCCGUCGCCGUCGCAGGCGCCGCGCAUGGUGCACAUUGCGCCGCGGCCCAACACGGCGCACCUGCACCGCCCGUCGCUGCCGUCGCCAGUCAAGGCCGACCCGCCGCUUCGCGACCUCAAGAUGAGUCCGUCGGUGCUGCCCACGAUGCUUCCGGCGUCGACGAAGCUCAACUCGUGCCGGUGCGCGGGCGGGUGCCGCAACGGCCGCUGCGCGUGCGUCAAGGAAGGCAGCAUGUGCGGCGUGACGUGCCGGUGCACGUCGUGCAAGAACCCGUUCUUGUCGAUCGCGAUGGCCGGCAUUGACGUCUCGACGCUCGUCCGCGACGACUGCUUCAUGCACAACCUCUCCAAGAUUCGCGACAUGAUGACGAAACUCCACGAAGUCAUUCCGGUCCCGUGCUGCCCAAGCAUUGCGUCCAACCAGAACGUCUCGAUCCUCCAGUGCAUUGACGGCUUUGCGUGCGCGGGCUGCGCGAAGAGCUAUGACUUUUCGUGGUGUGCCAACAAACUCUGCGACCGCGAGAAGGCCAAGCGCAACCACUGCGCCAAGUGCAAGCGCUGCGGCGACCACCGCGACGUGCACUGCGACGACUGCGGCCGCUGCUACUUUGCGGGCGUCUCGUCGAGCUUUGCGUGUCCGUGCACGGAGAAAGCGUCGACGUCGCCUGCCGUCGACGCGGCCGCCAAGCCCGGUGACGACGAAGAGGAAGGCUGUGUCAUCAUGUAGUAGUCGACGUGAGUAGUGUACGAUAUGUAAAUCGAGUAGACGUAGAAAACCGAAUCAAAAUAUCUUAUUGACGUUGGAC